CACCCCGCUGGGAGCCUAGCUCUCUCUCCUGCCCCCUGCACUCGAGACCCAGCCUAGCGCCGAGCCGAGCUGCAGCCUCCAUGGACUGCGAGCGGGGUGCAGGCUAGCAAGCCAGGGACCGAGGCCAUGCGCUCUCCAAAAGACCUCCAAGGCUGAGCGCGGGCUGGAAAUGCGGCCGGAAGAAGAGUCGCAGCGUCCCCGGUGAAGGUCCCGGGUUGCAAGGUAGGGAGUAGGCAGAUGGCCAGGCAAAGUUGAUCUCAGAGAGGAGGUGGUUGGCCUGCGCCCUCGGGCUGCUGGGAACCGCCGAGCUACUUGGACUUGACCCCACCGCGCCCCAGGCGCUCUGAGCAGCGCCUAUCUGUCGCCCUGCGCGGGAGCGCACUUGCAAACUUGGUAGUGUUGCCCUGCGCGUCCUGUUGUGUAACCUCCUCGCCGCCAGCUGGACCGGGAAGUUGCCCGCUCGCGUCCUUCAGCUUGGAUAGGUCGCAGCCCUGGGCAAAUUUCAUGGCCCGGGACAAACGCGUGGCCAGAGCCGGCGUGAGCGAGCCCCCGCGCGCUCCGACCCGUGGGGAACUCCCGCGCGCGGUCCCUGCCCCUAGCUGGCGCCUCCAAUGCGCGCUGACUCUCUCGCAGCUGCUGCCCGCUCGCCACUGUCUGCCCUUCCGAGUAGCUGCCUGAGUUGGAAAGAAGAGGAUGACCGAGGUGCCUUGGUCGGCUGUCCCCAAUGGGACGGAUGCUGCCUUCCUGGCUGGCCUGGGCUCGCUUUCGGGAAACAGUACUGUCGCCUCAACUGCAGCAGUUUCCUCUUCAUUCCGAUGUGCUCUGACCAAGACUGGUUUCCAGUUCUAUUACCUGCCGGCCGUCUACAUCUUAGUGUUCAUCAUAGGCUUUCUUGGCAACAGCGUGGCUAUCUGGAUGUUCGUUUUCCACAUGAAGCCUUGGAGCGGCAUCUCCGUGUACAUGUUCAAUUUGGCUCUGGCCGACUUUUUGUACGUGCUCACUCUCCCAGCCCUCAUCUUCUACUACUUCAACAAGACUGACUGGAUCUUCGGGGAUGCUAUGUGCAAGCUGCAGAGAUUCAUCUUUCAUGUAAACCUCUACGGCAGCAUCUUGUUCCUCACGUGCAUCAGCGCACACAGGUACAGUGGCGUGGUGUACCCUCUCAAGUCUCUGGGCAGGCUCAAGAAGAAGAAUGCCAUUUAUGUUAGUGUGCUGGUGUGGCUCAUUGUGGUGGUGGCCAUCUCCCCCAUUCUCUUCUACUCUGGCACUGGGAUUCGGAAAAACAAAACUGUCACCUGCUACGACACCACAUCCGAUGAGUACCUGAGAAGUUAUUUCAUCUACAGUAUGUGCACGACUGUGGCCAUGUUCUGCAUCCCCUUGGUGCUGAUCUUGGGCUGUUAUGGAUUAAUUGUUAGAGCUUUGAUUUACAAAGACCUGGACAACUCUCCUCUCCGAAGGAAAUCCAUUUACCUGGUGAUAAUUGUCCUGACAGUGUUUGCUGUGUCUUACAUCCCUUUCCAUGUGAUGAAAACGAUGAAUUUGCGAGCACGGCUGGAUUUCCAGACCCCAGAAAUGUGUGCUUUCAACGACCGGGUUUAUGCCACUUACCAGGUAACAAGAGGUCUAGCAAGUCUCAACAGCUGUGUGGACCCCAUUCUUUAUUUCUUGGCUGGUGAUACAUUCAGGAGGAGACUGUCCCGAGCCACCAGGAAAGCCUCCAGGAGGAGUGAGGCCAAUUUACAAUCCAAGAGUGAAGAAAUGACUCUCAAUAUUUUAUCUGAGUUCAAGCAGAAUGGAGACACAAGUUUGUGAAGGCACGAGAUGCAUACUCCUCAGUUUUGUAACAUGGACCAAAGUUUCCUUCUGCUCCUUGUCAUGCUCCUCAUUCUGGGGAUUGGCACCAGGGACUUGUGGAUACUAGGCAAGACUUCAACCACUGAGCUAUUGCUUCGGCCCCUAAAGUGUUCUUCCUCAUCUUACUUCAUCAUUAAAUAAGCAAUGAUAUGUCAACAUAGUAACAAGACUGACUGUGCCAACAUCUUCUAGGUCACAAGAUGUCUCUGAGAUGACCUAUGCAUGCACAGGUCAAGAAGAAGCAACAGUGUUAGCCAAAAGACCAAUUUGUGACACCCGAGUGUGGGUUUCCAUAUAAAGACAGAUACGUUGAUGUUUUGUCGAAAGACACCUAAAAUUGUAAGAUAUAGCGAGUCAUUAAACUUCACACUACAAAAAUGCCUUCAUUCCAAGUUCAAGGGUUUGUUUUUCUUGUCGCUACCUGGUAUUAUUCCGUAUAAAGUGCCGUUCUUGGCUCUUUGAAGGUUGCUUUGAACCUGUAUUGAACUAAAUGAUAAAAUAAGAAGAAACGUAGCACACAAGACAGAAUUCAAGAUUAAAACCAUAAUGUGGCCUCCAAGAAGACACUUGGAAGCCCAUUCUUCAUGAACAGGAAAAGCGACAGGACACUAUGUGCUGAUGCCGUAUGUGCGGUGGUAAAUCUUGAAAGCAGUGAGAACUGUUCAGAAUCUACUUCCACAUUUUCCCAGGACUCUCCAGUCUAGUCCCUGGAUAAAGUUCUCAUUUUCCACCAACUGUGGUAUGGACAAGUUAAAACCUGUAAAUCUCUGCUCACUCAGCCAGGACACUAACCCAUCUUGAUAUCAUACAUAUCAGUACUUAGUAGCAGCUAGAAUGCAACUAUUGACUGGACUUAGAAGAUGUGUUAUUAGUAAAUAUGUAUUGAAGCUUUUCUUCUAUUGGUUGGAUGUAAUCAUUGUAGUAGUAUUUAUCGUAGAGGUUUAUGGGCCUUCAGUUUUAAACAUUGUAAGACUUCCUUGAAGAUACAACGUACUGGUAUAAAUUCUAUUUAUUGCAAUGUAUAAUGUUUGAAUGUCACACGUAUAUUUUACAGUAAUAUAUAAUACUAGAUAAAAUGAGAAUUAUAUUUAAGAUCAUUUUUUCAGAUAUUAGUAUCUUUGAACCUUUAAGACCAGUUUCUAUUUGUAUCUGAAAAGAUGAAAAUGUGUUUUAUAACAAGUGUUUAAUUUCUCCCCAGAUUUGAAUUGCAUGCUUUCUUUUUGGGUGGGGUCCUGCUAUACAGACAUGAUUUGGGGUCAGAUUAUUAUAAAAUUUAUAACAAGUAUAGUAUAUUUUAGACAGGUUAUGUAUUAUGUACAUUAUAUAUAUAUAUUUAUAUUAUAGACAAUUUGUGUUGUCUUUCAGAAAGUUUAGAAUAUUGCCCUAUGGUCGCAGCUUCCACUGCCAAAGGCUAAAGGCUUGUCUACUAUUCAAAAUUGAUGGUUUAGAGGUCUAGUAGGUUGGGCAGUAAGGAUAUAAUGAGAGAAUUUAAAGACAAACUAGUGAUACAGGGGGAAAAUGUAUAGCUGAUAGUUUUCUGCUAGAUCUUGAAGAUUUACAAUGUGUUUUUCCCUCUUAGGGCAACAUAGUACAAUCUUCUUUGAGUUGUUUUGUUUUGUUUUGUUUUAGUAACACUACCAAGAAAUUGAGCAUUGCUAUUGAUUUUAAUCUGUUUUCUUCAGGCAGUUGGUAGCUCUAAUGCCAACAUUUUAAGUGAUAACUAUGUCAUUUGGCUGCUAAAUUCUGUCAUGUGUUUUUGAAAAUGAAGGUGAAUUUAUGUUACAUAUCAAAAUUUGUACAUUUGAGUUAUGUUGUUUCAGUGCUUUUGUGAGAAAAGGUUUAUUUUUAUAAUAUCAAUGAUUUUCCUGUAGAUAAUUGAAACAGAUUUCUUUGUGGUUAAGAGUGCUAUUGAGUGGUAUGGAACAGUGUUACUUGGCAUUUUGAGCCUUCUCAGGUCUAUCUCAUCAGUGGUAGCUUAACAAACUCUGGAUUGAUUGUGUAUAAUUGUCUUUGUAUUAAAAAGAGUUUCACGUCUGUAAAAGCACAGUAUUGUUUGACUGUAGGGAGCUGCAGAAUCGCCCAUGUUUCUGUGACUUUGCUCUCGUGUGUGUGUGUGUGUGUGUGUGUGUGUGUGUCCCAGGCAUGGCAGCCAACCUUGUAUCUGCUAAUUAUAAUAAUAGCAGAGCUUCACAAUUGUGGUCCUUAGAAUUGUACUUACCAUAGAAAAUUAAAAGUGAGAAAGAUUCAAUAAAAUUAUGAAACAUG